AUGGCCUUUCAAGGAGGGAUGGUUCUUUCUGCUGUGAAUAUAAUUCUGAUGAGUUUUACAGUGCUGUCAUUAUCGUUAUCGGAUUAUGGUGUGGAAGCAAGAGCAAGAAAAAGGCCAGUUUCUGGGCCUGAUAUGUUCAUGGGUGAAAAUUUAGCCGUUGAUAAACUUCUUCCAGGUGAACAAAUCAUCAACGUCCUGAAUUUUAAAGCCAAACCCGAUGGCCGCACUGAUUGCACUCAGGCAUUUAUGACGGCAUGGAGAACUGUGUGUAACUCGCAACAACAAGCGAGGCUUUAUGUUCCGCCGGGGAAAUUCUAUGUUUCUACCAUGUUCUUUGCAGGGCCGUGCAAGCCACCACAAGCCAUCACUAUCAAAGUUGACGGCACCAUUCUGGCUUCCACAGACCCUUCUGAAUACGUCAACGGCGAAUGGCUCAUCUUCUCCGACCUCAGAGGAAUCAAGCUCAUCGGCGCCGGCACUUUCGACGGCCAGGGUAAAGACAUGUGGGCCGCCAACACCAAUUGCGAAAACGACCCUUCCCCUGAAUGCAAAAGACUCCCCAGUAGCAUUCAAUUCAACAAUGUGACAGAUGGACUGAUACAAGGAAUAUCAUCAGUGAAUGCAAUGGGCUUUCACUUCUUCAUUACAAAUUCAGCCAACAUCAGACUACGAAACCUUAGGAUCAACGCACCAGGAGAUAGCCCUAAUACAGAUGGCAUUCAUAUGAGCCACUCCAUCAACGUCAGAAUAUCCAAAUCUCUCAUUCAAACUGGAGAUGACUGUAUCUCUAUGAUUCAAGGGGUCGACAAUGUGGCCAUUAACAAAGUCACAUGUGGCCCUGGACAUGGUUUUAGCAUUGGAAGCCUUGGGAAAUACGUUGAUGAGCUCGAAGUGAAGAACAUUCGUGUGCUGAAUUGCACAAUGGUGGGCACAACUAAUGGACUGAGAAUCAAAUCAUGGCCAGAUAAGUACCCAGGCGCAGCAUCACAAAUAAUCUUCAACGACAUUGUUAUGAACAACGUUGCAAAUCCCAUCGUCAUUGACCAAGAAUACCAGUGCCAACCUGCAAAAUGCACCAAGAAGCCGUCACUGGUGAAAUUAAGUGGGAUUCAGUAUUCGAAUAUUAGAGGGACAACAACUUCAGAAAUUGCAGUGGACUUGCGUUGUAGUCGUCAAUAUCCAUGCGACCAUGUUCAGUUAAAUAACAUAAACCUCAAGACAGUAAAACCACCCCCUCCUACCUCCAGAUGUCUCAAUGCCAAACCUCUCUAUAAUGGCCUGCAAUCCCCACCACCCUGCUCAUAG